ACUCGGUCAAGUUACCACCAACGCUCCCUUUUGUCGAGUGUUUUGCGGAGGGGUGGAUUCCAGUCGCGUUCACACACACACACACACACACACACAUAUAUAUAUAUAUGACCUCGGCCCGUUCCUUUUCGUGGCUGUUGGAGGAAAAGGUUAUCGGCUACGCCCUCCCCUCUCCAGUCAGCAUCAUCCUAAGCUAGCAUUUAUUUCCUUCCACCUUAUUCCUCUAUCCUCUCUUUGCCCCCCCCAUAGAUAUUCCAUCUGACAGCACAUUAGGAACGAGGAGGCCGAGUUUGGUGUGCACGAAGAUACGGAGAGAAAAGACAUCUCAUCGGAAUAACGCCUACUUGACUAACGCUCCCGAGUUUCGCACCCCGAAACCCCUGCUCGCUGCCGCCCUCUUCUCUUAUCAAGUUAUCCUUCUAGCUUGGGAAAUUUGACUAGUGGAUAUAAAUCCCACCAUGUCGGUGUUGCCGUCGGCUGUCGGCGCCAUUCUGCAACUGCGGCAGGAUGAUGCCGCCGCGGAUACCCCAACGGACGCGACGCCCGAGUCUGGCUUCAGUGUUACCGUGGAUUGCGACACCGGUAACGAGUACGAUGGACGAAUGGGGCUACGAAUUUCCUCUAUAUUCGUCAUCUUGGUCGGCUCAUUGCUCGGUGCCGUCUUACCUAUAGUCCUGGCCCGCGGCAAAAGUAUGAAAGUGAACGGCACAGCCUUUUUUAUCGCCAAGUAUUUUGGCUCGGGUGUUAUCAUAGGAACUGCCUUCAUGCACCUCCUCUCGCCAGCCUUCGAAGCCUUGGGCUCUCCUUGCCUCGAGGACGGCCCCAUUACUCAGUACGAUUGGGCAGCGGGCAUUUGUCUGAUGACCGUGUUCGUAAUGUUCACCAUCGAACUUCUCGCGAGCCGGUUCGACUUCUUCGGCCACAGCCACUCGGACGCGAAGGCGGUCGAUCCGUUGCAGAAUGUCCUUAGAGGGGACAGUCAAGCUUCGACCCCGCCUCCGCAAGACCCCGAAAGCAACGCACGCGGUAAAGAGGGUGUUGUAGCUGGCCCAGCUGAUAAUAACGUGUUGGGAUUGCCUAACGACGUCAGCUACCCCCCCGGCGGGGAGGGCCACCUAAGUCACCAGCGCUCGCACCAGGACGACGAUCCUUCCGCCUUCGCCGCUCAGCUGAUCGGGAUCUUCAUCCUGGAAUUCGGCGUCAUCUUUCACAGCAUCUUCAUCGGGCUGACCCUCGCGGUUGCCGGUGAAGAGUUCACCGUCCUAUACAUCGUACUAGUCUUCCACCAGACGUUCGAAGGUCUCGGUCUCGGCUCGCGGCUAGCGACCGCGCAGUGGCCUCGUUCUAAAAGUUGGAUGCCAUACUUCCUGGCGUUCGGAUACGCCCUCAGCACGCCGAUAGCCAUCGCCGCUGGCCUCGGCGUCCGAUCUACCCUCCAGCCCGGCACGUCCAGAAGUCUGAUCAUCAACGGCAUCUUUGACUCGAUUAGUGCGGGGAUCCUCAUCUACACGGGCCUGGUCGAGCUGCUCGCCCACGAGUUCAUGUUCAACUCGUACAUGCGCAACGCCGGCCUCAAGGUCCAGCUCUCUGCGCUGUUUUGCGUCGCCCUGGGUUGCGGAUUGAUGGCCGUGCUCGCCGAGUGGGCUUAAAUAAUUAGAGGCUUUGACUGAGGAGAGGGAAGGGAUGACAGAAGGAUGGCUGGAGAGGGAGAGAAUAGGGGGUCACCUGGUGAGGGCGAGCAAACAUAGGAUACCUGUUGAUUAGGUCGAUCCUCGACCAAGACGAGU